GACGUGCAAGUAGCGGUAAAAUUCCUAAAUUUCUACAAAAGAAAGUGUUGAAAACUCGCCAAAAGUAAAAUAACUUGUGUUCAAGUUUUAUUCAUUAUGUAAACUGAUAUUUCACAGGUACGAUGACCCGUAAUUAGAUCUUGAUUACCCAUCGGGUACCAAGAAUAAGAGAUAUAAUUUGGGCCAACUGCUGACAUUAUUUGCCAUGUGACAUUUAAAGAAAUGGGUCAGAAAUGGAUUGGACAUUGUAUUCUCAUCACUAUAUUCCUGGGGUGCACCGCAGAUGAAGCCAAACUAGUUACGCCAUAUUCACCACAAAACGAUACUACUCCCUACCAAAAUGUGUUCAACUUGGAAUUUGUGUGGCAGAUCAGUGGCUGGUCAGAGUGUGAGAUGCAGCACAGCCCGACCUGCUGCAGCAUCUGUUUAAAGGAGCGGAAUGUCUAUUGUGCUCGAGAGAUUGAUGCCGUCUGGGUUCCUGCUCGGUUUUGUUCCGGGUUGGAACGACCGAAGCAAGUGCAGACCUGUGACUUGUGUCCACAGGAUUGUGUCUUGACGAAGUGGAGUGGCUGGUCGGAAUGUACAGGUAGCUGUACCAAUAGGAAAAGAUUUCGAACUCGGCAAAUUCUGGUUACAGCCUUCAGCGGUGGUAGACCCUGUAAUUCAACAAUUGAAGUUGAAAGCUGUGUGAAAGAUGAUUUGUGCUCAGUUCAGGAUAAACCUCGCUUUCGCUGGAAGAUUGGGGAAUGGACCAGUUGUAGACCGAGCUCGGUUAUGAAGUCACGGACCACAGGAAUACGGGUUCGCGAAGUUUCCUGCACAAAAAAGCAUGGAAAAGUUGUAAAGAAACGAUUCUGUAGAAAAGCUUUGAAAGGUGAAAAACCCCUAGAUUAUGAACCAUGCAUUCUCCCAAUGGACUGCCAAGUAUCCAAAUGGACAACAUGGAGCCCUUGCUCACAGACAUGCUACCACAGCCAAACUGGUGGUUUUGGGCAACAAACUAGAACCAGAAAGAUACUGCAGAUGCCAUCAAAUAGUGGCAUUGGUUGCCCGCUGCUGCAAGAUAUCCAAAGUUGUAAGAAUCAGAGUUUGGAGCGAUGUCCUAGGCACGAGUGGCAUUAUUCUGAGUGGAGUUCAUGUCGUUUGAUGGACCCUAGUCACCUGUGUGGACCUGGGACCCAAGUCAGGGCUGUGUAUUGUACUGUGGAGGCAGACGUGCAACGCAAAAGGAUUCCUGAACAGGAGUGUCUGGAAGGUGGGUUAAUUCUUUGGUCUACAUUAAACGGUGUUGUACCAUUGAAGCCAACCAAACAGCGUGCAUGUGAGGUGUCAUGUCCCCAAAACUGCCAGGUCGGGGAGUGGGGGAACUGGUCGCCUUGUUCCAUGAGCUGUGGGAAGGGCGGAGUACAGUCGAGGACACGCCCAACUCUUGUUCCUGACAUGUAUGGUGGCAAGGAUUGCCCGGCACUGGUUCAGACCAAGGAGUGUGAGCAGGUUGAGUGUCAGUGGUGGUUCAUUGGUGCCUGGGGAAAGUGUUAUCUCUCCCCCGGCUACACCGACUGUGGACCUGGAGAGAUGACGCGUGUUGUCUACUGCCAGAGUGCCAAGGAUGAGAUGAUCAACAGCAGAUACUGUGCCGAGUCAGAAAAGCCUGUGAUGUCAGAAACUUGUACCGUACCUUGCCCUAAUGACUGUGUUGUGUCGGGGUGGUCUGCGUGGAGUGACUGUAGCAAGACGUGUGGGGUCAAGGGAGGCACUCAGUCCAGGACAAGAAGAAUCCUUGCUUAUGGCAACAACAAUUCUGUGUGUGUGCGGCCAGACCAGCUCCUAGAAACGCGGCCGUGUAAUCAGAUAUCGUGUAGUAUGUACACAUGGCAAGUGUCUGCAUGGGGAAAGUGUGAGAGCAAUUUAACGGCCACGAGCAUCGAGCUCUACCGUUUCCUUGGAAUACUCACUGACAACAACGGCGUGCAGAAACGAAAAGUAUUUUGCAAGACAGACACUGGUGAAAUAUCCCCUGGUGCACUCUGUGAUCAAGACUCCAAACCAGUGAAUGAACAGAUCUGUACUUUACCUGUACCGCAGGAUUGUGUUGUUAGCGCGUGGUCAGCUUGGACCUCCUGUAGUAAGACAUGUGGGGAAAGCGGACAGCAGAUGCGUGUGCAGUUGAUUCUCAUCAGAUCAAAAAAUGGCGGGAAUCCCUGCCCGGCGCAGGGUAAUGAAAAUGGAGAAAUCCAUGAGGAGCGAUUUUGCGAUAAGCAGCCAUCGUGUCCAAACUAUAAAUGGAAUGUCAACAGGGGUUGGAGUGUGUGCUAUGUGCCAAAGACUGGUUGUGGCCGAGGUUACAGGACAAGGAAGUUAGUCUGCAGGGAUAGGAGACGAAAGGCUGAUCAAGCUCUCUGUUUAGAAAAUGAUGGCGAACCACCUGCCAACCAGGAGAAGUGCUUUGUUCCAUGUGCUGGGGAUUGUGAACUUUCCCCAUGGUCUGACUUUGGCCCUUGCUCGCAGUCCUGUGGGACCAACCCUGGAACCAGAGUCAGGGCAAGAAAACUCGCUAAUCUUGAUCACUUUGAUAAUACCAGUAUGGCCUGCCCACAUAUCAAACAGUCUGAUCUGGAACAGUCUAUCCUGUGUGGGCAAGGAGAGUGUCCAAAGUUCAGCUGGGAGCUUGGAGAAUGGGGAAGCUGUAUAUUAAACUCAGAUGAUGCAACCUGUGGCCGUGGUACACAAUGGCGUGCAUACCUCUGCAAGAAAAACAGCCUCCAGUACGUUCCAAGGAACCACUGUGGACAUGACAUAGGCAUACCUGUUACGUACAUGCCGUGUGACAUUCCUUGCCCUGAAGACUGCCAGAUAAGCCGGUGGUCAGCAUGGAGUAAAUGCUCGGCAAUAUGUGGGGAAGGAAUGAUGAAAAGGACAAGAGAAGUGGUGAAGGGACCAGUAAACAAUGGCCGACCAUGCACUCACCUCGAAGAAACGACUCUCUGUACCGCUAGGCCUUGCGAGAAUUUCAUGUGGACUGUGACAAAAUGGGGGAACUGCAAUGUCAAUUACAACUUCACCUGUGGUAAGGGUCAUCAGGAGAGACGUGUCACUUGUCCUGCUGGGGAGAGGUUGGAGCACGAAUGUGAGGCGAGAUAUCCCAAGCCACUUGCAAAACAAGACUGUGUCAUACCUUGCGUUGGCAACUGCGUAAUGAGCCCAUGGUCAAGCUUUGGUUCGUGUGAGUGUAAAGAUGCAAACUUAACAGCGGGGACCAAGUCACGAUCUCGAGAAGUGAUACGGGAGCCUAGUCCGAUCGGCGAUCCCUGUGGCAAGGUUAAAGAUGAGCAACCUUGUUCGUGCUACAACUACACAUUAGUCGCUGGUGACUGGACGACAUGUCAACCCUAUAACAAGUCAGAGUGUGGCACUGGUUCACAGCUAAGACCAGUCAUCUGCCAAAGAGACGAUGGCCUUGCUGUGCCGCUCCAUAACUGCCCCAAGAUAUCGUUUCGUACGAGCAUGAGUUGUCAUAUCCACUGCCCGAUCGACUGCAAAGUCGGCCAGCAUGACCUCUGGUCACCUUGCCUGGAGUGUGCCAAAAAUUAUCAGACCCGGUCAAGGCCAAUUAUCGUUGACCCGAAUCGCUAUGGUCGUAGAUGUCCAAGGAAAGACCAGUUGAGCCAGAAUCGAACGUGUAAUUUUGAGCCAUGUAACCUGUAUACAUACAACUGGUACAGGGGCCCUUGGAGUGAGUGUAACAUCGAAGGCGAUGGAUGCGGUUUCGGUGAACGCCAUCGUGUGGUCGAGUGUCGCCGCAGCGACGAUGCCAUUGUCAAAAAUCUUCACUGCCUCCUGAAAGACAUGAAGCACCGUUCAAAUUUUGACAUGACAGCCCUCGAUCUGGACACAACCCAACCCUGCGGUAAUCCUUGUCCGAUGGACUGCCAGACCACCCCCUGGAGCAGCUUCGGACCCUGUUACAGAAACUGCUCAAGUUACAGUGCCCAUGGGUUUAAGGUCAGGACGCGGGCUAUUGUGAAACCUGCAGAGAAGGGUGGGCAACCUUGCCCUACUGACCUCGUUGAUAUCAGUCAAUGUGGUGGCAACGAGAUGUCAUGUCCAUCCUUCCAGUGGAUUGUGAAUGACUGGCCAGGAGCAAGCUCAAGGGGUGUGUUCUGUGUUUCACAAGGUGGUGUGCGGGUUCAUGGUGGAUGCCUGGAGAGUAGGAUACCCCUGGCUAGACGGGACUGCUCCCUUCCCUGCCCAAAUUUUGCUGAAUGUAGCACUUUGAGUGGAAGCUGUGAAUGCAAGCCUGGAUUUGAAGGUGAUGGUGAAGCGUGUUUCCCAGUCCAGGGAUGUCAGACUAAUGAACACUGUCCUGUCAACCAGAGCUACUGUGAUCAACAUCAAGCAGAGUGCAUCUGUGAGAAUGGAAAACUACCGUAUCGAGGUCUGACGUGUAACUAUACGUGGGCUAUGCAGUCAGAUCGCAACACUGAACCGGAGAACGUCGAGGAUCUUGUCUGGAUCUGUCUGGGUGUUAGCAUUGUACUCGCAUUAAUGCUAAUUAUAUUGGCCAGUGUUUACUUUUGGAGGCGGAAUAAACAAAAACGUGGUGAACUUGCCAUCCACCGUAUGGUCUCCAACAACCUUGAAAUUCCAAAGAAAGUCACAAAUGAAUAUGUCCCAAUCCACACACUCAUCCGAAAUAAAAAUGCGGAGGCGGCCGAGAUGAAUAUUACAGAGAAUCCAUUAGUGAGAAGUUACAUGCAACCAUCGUAUAAAAUACGUCCCCGUCCCGGUGUUUCUUCUUCAAAUUUCCACCUCCCUGUCAAUACAGACGAUCUCGAUGAUGAGGUCUUCACUGAUAACCCCGCCGAGAUAUUCAUGGAUCCACGACACAAUCUCGAGGACGACGUCUUCAUGGAUUCGUCGCUUGAAAGUCGAAAAUCAAAUUCACCGCCUUUGACGUUCAUGGGAAGUGACUCAUCGAAAGCAAAAUCAAGUGUUUCAAAUCAUCACGCAAGGAUUGGAAGUGAUUCAUCGAAGGGGACGGAUAUUUAUAGUUCGUUACGGAAGGCGAAAAAGGUGGCACCCCCUGUCCUGCCAACACGUGGAUCAGACAGCAGUGCCGGGCCACCAGCUUGCACCUUGGGACGAAAGCGGUUUGUCCUGAGUAGUAGCGAGCGAGAGGACAUGGAAGCUAUGGAAAAUGCCAAACCAGGAUCACAAUCUGAAAUAAUCCCAGAUCUGAGUGAUUCUGGAUCAUUUGAAGACCCUUUGGAGCCGUCAGACCUUGGUGAAUCGUAUCUCCAAUUUGUCAAAAAACGGACCCCUAACCAGCCGUGUACUAGUGCUGAGGUGUCCCCUCUGAAGUGUUCAACACCAGAUAAGGGUAAAGGGUACUUUAUGAAGGGUAAGGGACGUUGCCCAGCACCACCGAGCUCGCCUGCCGUAGUCGACAGUGACAUGAACCUCUCCACAAUACUACAGACGCCUGACAGUUCAUAUUUUUUCAUGAACGAUUCAAGCACUGGUUAAGGUGCUGGAUUGUUCUUCGACUGUUUUGAAAUUUGUUGACCUUUUGAAAUUUCUGGGCGUUCCCAUGGCGAGUGAUAUUUUGUUUGAGUUUAUAGGCCUACUUGGGAUAGGAAUUCUUGGAACUUGCAAAUUCAGUAGUUUUUUUCUUUGAAGGAAUAUGUUUUGACUGGUAUCUUGAAACAGAUUGUCUGCUGGGUUGACAACACUGCUAUGGGUUUUACUAGGAGUAGCACAAAUUUUGUAUCGGAAUGCUUUUUGAAAAUGUACAUAGCUAUUUAUUAACGAGGUGCGCAAUAUUUCUAAGCUUUGUCAUUUUCUAAUUUACAUGUAGCUACUAACUGAGAUUUCUGAGUGAAUUUAGGAGCUUGAUACGAGAUUUAGGAUUGGCCUAUUGCCUGUUAACUUAAGAUAAAACGGACGUGGGUUGGACUGACUCAGUUACAUGUAUGUUGUUAAUCCUAUCAAGCACCAAGCAUCAUUUGGAGGGUUCCUUGUUGUUGUCCCCUUUUGAUACCUAAUGUACGCGUCUACCUCAGGACCUAUAAACCAGCGGCUUUUUCAGGAAUAUUGAAUAAAACAUGUUUAAAUAUGUAUGUGUUGUAACGAGUGCUUUGGGGAAAUUCAACUGCACUGCGUUAUUAUUUGAACAGUUAUGUUGCUACUUACAAAUGUUAUUGUGAGUUUGUUGGGUCUACAUAUAGUUAUGUUUUCAAAAUGCAUUGGUCAAAUUGGUCUUGAUGUAAGUAUGGCAAAAAAAAUUAAAUCUCUCAAAAGUUGGAAGGAUCACUUCUACAUGUAAGUGAAUUUAUUGGUCACAAAUACAUGCAUAUUUUACCAGCUCACUGCUUUCAUUUGACGUGUUGUUUGGUCACAAGUUGUAAAAUCAUUUGCUGCUUUAAGGGUGUGCGAGGGUUGAUCAAUAAGUUUGGUCACUUUUGGCUGCCCAGCCAAAUUAGCACUGAAGUUCUCCAUUGGUGCGAAACACUUGAGUGGCUUAGGGUGCCGUAUCUUACCUUGCUCUGCAAGGAGGGUACCAGGAGUACAUCGAGAUCAGUGUAAUGUGCAAUUAGCCCUGGUAGCAAAACAUACUGAUCAGCCCUCGUGUGAGAUACUGUGCCAUACCCAUAAGAGAUUUAUAUCAAUAUCUGCCCAUUAAUCUGACAAUUGUGUUAUUUUUUAAACAUAUUCAGAUUCUCAAUCAUCGAUCAAACAAAAAUCAAGCAUAUCACCGUUUUGAACAUCAUACGUAUCAGCGUUCAAACAUCUCAUCCGCGUCGGUGCAUCUUGAAUGUCAACGGAGUGUGUUAUGCUACUCCAUAAACUGUUAGAACACAAAUUUAUUGUGAACAAUCUACAUAUUGCCAAACUUUCUUUUCACUGCUAACAUUAUUAUUGUUUUACUGCUGACGACUGCUAACAUUAUCGUUGUCACCUUCUGGUGGGACACUUCGUGAAAUUGUGCAUCUUUUUGUUGGUCAUAUAUUUUAGAAAAAAAUUACUAUGAACCGCCAAAUUUUUGUGCCGCUUUACAUUCACACCACUUUAUUUUUGUGAUGUGCAAAAUUUUCAAGAAAAUUAAAACUUCAUGAUUUUUUAAUUUGGUACAUUAUUAGUUUGAUUUUCUCAGAUCUGGGUUAUUGCUAUUGAACAAACAAAAAUAAAAAUGCCCAUCAGAAGGUAGCAGUUUGUAGCAUUUGGCUGCAUUUGUACUAUUUGGUUUGUUGAGUGUAGUCAAUCAUAUACAUCGAAAUGAAGUUGGGUGAUGACCAAGUUCUACUGUUUAAUUUACACAUCAUGUUUUCAAAAACAAUGAACAUACUAUCAUAUUGAUAUGUCAUGCAUAAUCACUGAAUUGAGAUUUGGCUAGUUGAUAAUUUGGUAGGCUGUUUCUAGAUAGUUUGUCACACUAGUUAUCAUGGUGUGAAAAAAAUUGCUAUAAAUUAGCCUCUCAGCUCUUUUUAGAUCUUGAACCGUUUGGUGUGCACUGCCUUGUGCUGAGCAGUGGUUGACAGUGGUGACACCCACCUGAGCGCUCAAACUGAGCCAAAUGAAGGAGCCUACCUGAAUGAGGGGAAUAUUAUUGCGAGUUGUUCGAACAAUUUUGUAAGCGUCCUUUUGUAUAUAUUUGUACUAUUUAGGCGGCAUCAGAUGCACCUGUGUACCAAUGUGACAAUAUUGUCCUAAAUCAUAAAUGGGCAAUUUUUGACACCAAUCGUUUUUACCCAGCUGUAAAUGGCCUGUGCAGUUGUCCAUAUUUUGUACUGUUGUUAUAUUGUAUACAAGCACUGUAUUUAUAUUGUAUCAUCAUGAGAUUUGUAUGGUUUGUAUAGUUAUCAGCUGACGUCCCGUGAAAUAAAAAGUAGUUAUAUUUAGACCACUGUCGUGAGCUGACACAAAAUCAAACGAUUUAACUCCCUGCUCCUGCCUAUAGUCCCCCUUUAAGACUCACCAGAUGACCUGUUUCUAUAAACCAUGUUGAUGGCUCAUCAUGUGAUGAUGCUAUUUUAAACAAUCAACAUUAAAAUUGUUGUCGUUUUCGGUAGUGGUCACUCAGUUUGUGGCACAUCUGUUCCCCUCAUAAAGUUUUGUCAACAUGUUAUAAAGUCUUCCCUUAUUACUCUUUAACUGACAAAAUAUAUUAUACUGUUAACCUGUGUGAUUGUCUGAUCAUGAACGUGUUUGGAAUUCAAGCUGAUUCUUUUGUAUUUUCCUAAUCUUGUCUACAAUACACUCCUCACAUAGUGUAUCUGCAUUCUGUAUGUGCAUUCUUUUGCACGUCUCUGCACCCAAAACCACUGCCAUGGUAGUAGGAUGUUGUCACUAUGGCCAAUGGUACAGUUGUGUUACGGGAAAAGUAGUCUGUCAACUCUCUUUUUUUUCCUAUUAAGGCAUUGAUGCGUUAGUUUUGUUUUAUCGCUUCGCUAAGUUAUUAUUCUUUGCUUGUUUCUGUGUUCAUGAUCUUAUUCUGUAGAUGUCUUUUUUUGCUCAUGUGAUGUAUUAGUUGGGUGCGGUUACUUGCUGCUUAUCCGCGUUAAGAGAGAUUCAGUGUAUUCAGUUCAGUUUCAAAAUCAUGAAGUUCUUCCAAACUAACAUUGUUACGUUUGAAUCUCUUUUCGCUUCAGCAAUGUUUUUGAUUUGAUACUGGUACCAAUAUAAUUAUGGUCUGUCUGGGGGCCAGAUUCUAUCUCAUCAUGUUUGGAAACAACAAGGGCUGGAAUGGAUCAAUAAAAAAUAUACAGGUGAAACAUUUUCAUGUGCUUCAGAUUGUUUGCAAGAAAAUUUAGUUCAGGUUGGCAAAACUUUUAUUAAUUAUUUCAUUUUGAUCUCAGUGUCAUGUUUGUUUCAUUCUAAUUAAAUGGAAUUUGUUCGUAAUUUUAGCAUUGAUUUCUGUGACUUUUUGUAUAUGUUUUAUAUUUCAAUUCGUAAUGAGUUCAUAGAACAAUUUUAUUCAAGAUUUUGAUAUUGGUGAUUGGCACUAGAAUACGGGAUCAGGGUAUGCGAUUGCCACCCACCCCUCAUCCAUAAAUACCAGGGUCAGUCGCAUGCUCCUCCCCUGGCACAUAUUUCUUAUAACAACCCCCUUGCAAGAUAUUUGCUGUGGGAUCAUCUCAAAACAUAUUGAUGCUGAAAAGGACCAAGUAGUUUUGUCUUCAGGGGAGGGAAGGAUUAAGGGCCUUGACUACAUUGUCUGAAAUUUAGUCUCUUUGGGUAUCUAAGGCCUUGAAUGAAAUCCAAAAGGCCGCUGUCUUUCAUGAGGGGUCAAGGGAGAGAAUAGAUAACUUAGUCUCUUUCAGCUUCACUGUGUUUUGAAAUUUUGUUCUGUUUGUUACGUGAUUGGGGUGAAUUGAGUUGUGUCUUCUGUGACAGUUUCCCCAGAAAGAAGUUAUCAAAAUUCUUCUUCUUGCCCUCAAUGGUGAGAAUGUUACGUGUCAAGAUGCUGAAGUGAUUUACGUUUGUUAAUACUCAAAGAAACCCUGUUAGUUGGUUGGUCAUGUUAUGUAUACCGGGCCUGCUGUUAGUGGAAUCAAGUUGAUGAUUGUAUAAGACACAUUUAACCUCAAGACUACUGUAUACCCCAAUAUAUUUGCCCCUGUAUUUAGCAAAGAUUCCUGGACAAUUUUUUUUUUCACAAUUCUUAUUUUGGCGGAUAACAGAUUGUAUUCUGAAAAGUCUUCUCCAGCAAUGUCAUGUUGUAUCACAAUCCUUUGCAGAGGAAGUUGUUAUGAUCCCUUCGUUUCCCGUGUCUGAUGGUGCCUACUGGAAAUAAGAGGUUAAUUUCUCCCACUAGCAGCAUGCCAGGGUGGUCUUGUGAUGUUUGUACAAUGCAAGCUUGUCCCACGUUGAACAUUCCCCAGUUAUUAUGCCAUGUGUACGGUCAUAAUAGACUUUUGUCAGUUAACCCAAAAUAAAGAGUAUAGUUUUAGUA